AUGGUGGACCAUUAUAAUAACGAAGCACUCCGACUUCGAAAGAGAAUGUCUAGGAGUGAAGAGACGAUGUUAACCAACUCCUUGGUGUAUUUUAUUGUGAAUUGUGGUUUUGAUAUUACAAUUAGAAAGACAAAACAAGCGAAACACACAAUUAAAAUGAUUCUUAUUAAUGAAAUGAAACAUCAUGAAACUGGCAAAACAAUCACUCAAAACGACUUAAAACUGUUUUCGACAACAUUAUUAGACAAUAUGUCCUACAGCCAUGCCAAAGAAGAGUGUAUGACAUUGAAACAACUGAAACGAUCCAAAGAAGCCGAACUGAACAACGCCCUUCUUUAUAUGUUACAUAAAGUGGGUUUUGAGUUUGAAGAGAAAAAGUCCAAGAACUCGAUACUAACUGAAAAGUAUAUUCGUUUUCAAAAACUUUAUUUCAACGACUUAUAUACAUUUUCAAAAGAAACUUUAUGCUCUAUAGGACAACACUUUGAAGAGCUGGUCAUGUCUAAAAUGAGGAGAUCACGUCUUACUGUCACUAAAGAAUUCAUCAAACAGCUUAACAAGGAUCUUCUCCCAACCGUUUCUUUCGACUUUUUGUCUUUUGAACUUGAAAAAUUGGCCAAUCAAAGCGACUUGAAAACAUUUCCACAAUUCGACGAAAUGGGAAAUAUUGGAAUAUUUAACAAGACAGAACAAGAAAAACCCCAUGACGCAAAAAUCAAAAUUCGUACUCUGUUUAGAAACUCUCAAAGGGAAAAAGAUAAACAGAUGAGCGAGACCCCAGAUAACACACGAAUUCGAGAAACCCCAAAAAUGCUCUCGCCAGCACUUAGUGACCUUUCUGUUGGAUUACGAAGACCCGCAUCUAAACUCUCAAUGGAGUCUUGUUGUGGGAGGAGUAUAUCUCGUGAGUUCUCAGACGAAGUAUGUGAUUCACCACACACCCCCACGCAGUGGUGUCAACCGUACAAACCCCAAAGGAGAAAACUUGCUCUUGUUGACCCGUUGGACUUCUUUUUAAACUUCCCGUCAACGCAGUUCUCACAACUCUCACCUGCCGAACAGUUGGACUUCUGCACGGGGCAGCUUGAGCAACUCCCCUACGAAGAACAUAAAAACGCUAAUCAAAUGGAACUUGAUGAAAGUACCUUCGACCAAUCCGGGAUAAUGGGGAAGGUUUUUGCCAAACUAUCAAAUGUAUUAAUUUUGUUUUUAUUUGUAAGUAUAGUUUAG